AUGAUGUUUUCAGCCUCAGUUUAUUCUACUACUAGUAAUAAAAACUCAACCUCUUUAUCUGAAGAAGCUGCAACCAGCACUGUUUCUUCAGUAAUUACAAGUAAGAUUCCUCAUGAAUUCACUCCAUCAAUGACCCUUUCUUCAAUUUCAAAUCUUGCUCAUCAAGAACAUGAUCUCUACCCUAAUCAUCAGAAGAUCAAGAAAAAGAGAAACCUCCCAGGAAAUCCAGACCCAGAUGCAGAAGUGAUAGCAUUAUCACCAAAGACACUGAUGGCAACAAACAGAUUCGUGUGUGAGAUCUGCAACAAAGGGUUUCAAAGAGAUCAGAACCUGCAACUUCACAGAAGAGGUCAUAACCUGCCAUGGAAGCUGAAGCAAAGGAACAACAAGGAUGAGAUGAAGAAAAGGGCUUAUGUAUGCCCUGAGCCAAGUUGUGUGCACCACCACCCUUCUAGGGCUCUUGGGGAUCUCACUGGGAUCAAGAAACACUUUUGUAGAAAACAUGGUGAAAAGAAGUGGAAGUGUGACAAGUGUUCUAAGAUCUAUGCUGUUCAAUCUGACUGGAAAGCUCAUUCUAAAACUUGUGGCACUAGAGAGUAUAGAUGUGAUUGUGGUACCCUCUUCUCAAGGAAAGAUAGCUUCAUUACUCACAGAGCUUUCUGUGACGCCUUGGCUGAAGAAACUGCCAGGCUCUCAGCUGCAGCUGCAGCUGCAGCCGCUGCAGUAUCAAUAACAAACAACCACCACCCUUCAAUUACCAACAAUGUUACACAAACCCCCUUCAACAUUCAACAAAAUAUUCAAAACCCCUCCUCGUCUCUUUUUCCUUUCACUCCCACCCUAAACGCUACUUGGGUCCCCACCCAAACCCUUAACCCGACCCGAAUCAAACCCGAAACCAUCCACCACCAGCAUCUCCUUCCGGCGAUUACGACGCCGUUUUACCAAGAACCCAAUAAGGAACAACUGAGGAUGAUAACUUCACCGCCGGCGACCACAUUCCAUGGCCUCCACGUCAGCACCAGCCGAGAUCAUGUUCCGGCGGCCCACCACCUCUCUGCCACCGCACUCCUCCAGAAGGCUGCGACGGUGGGUGCGGUGGGUGAUCACGUGGGGUCCACAAUGAGUCGGUUGGAUAUGGGGGAGUUGGUUCAGGUGACGACGACAGCCGCCGUGAUCUCGCCGGAAUACCACCAACACAUGGGUCUGACUUCUGGGAAUAUCGCCACGUGGCAGAAAACGGACCGUUUGACCAGGGAUUUUCUUGGGUUGACCGGAGAUCAAGAGGAUGACCACCACCAUCAUGGCGGUGGUGCUGACGUUAACGUUAGCGUGAACAUGAGGAAUAUGCUAACGUACACGGGGGGUAUAGAGAUUCCAACCCAUGGGUUCGGUUUUGCCGAGCCUACAACUGCCUCCGAAGCAUGGGGCAAUUGUUGAAGCUUAAAGUACAAGGUGAUCACAGCAUGGUCUUGGUCCAAAAGGGUACAAUGGUAAUUUUACCAGAAGCACUUCAAAUGACCAAAUUACCCCUUGGAAACCAAAGAAUACCCUUUUGAACCCAUGGAGUUUACAAGUGCCCACUUCUAGUUCUUUUGAAUUUUUACAUAUUUUUCAUGCUCAUUAUUUGC